CGGCGGCUUGUGGCUAUGGACCGGGUUUCGGAGUCGGCGGCCGUGAGGCGGCACCGCGUCGGCGGGGAGCGCCGGGACGGUGCGGGGGCUCCGCCGCUAGCCGAGAGGGAGCCCCUUGCGCCGGAGCCCGAAGCCGACGCGGCCGGCGGCGGCGCGAGGACGCGGAAGCGGGGCGCCGCGGGGAGCGGGCUGUCGGAGGCGCGCGCGGCGCUGGGGCUGGCGCUCUACCUGCUGGCGCUGAGGGCGCUCGUGCAGCUGUCGCUGCAGCAGCUCGUGCUGCGCGGGGCCGCCAGCGCCUUUGACGCGCGCCGGGCCAGGGAUUAUCUUGAACACAUUACAUCCAUUGGCCCCAGGACGACAGGAAGUCCAGAAAAUGAAAUCCUGACAGUCCGUUACCUUUUGGAACAGAUCAAACUGAUAGAAAUCCAAAGCAACAGCCUGCACAGGGUCUUAGUAGAUGUACAACGGCCCACGGGCUCCUUCAGCAUCAACUUCUUGGGAGGUUUUACAAGCUACUACGACAACAUCACCAAUGUUGUGGUAAAGUUGGAACCCGCGGCUGGAGGAGCCCAGCAUGCUGUCCUGGCUAACUGUCAUUUUGACUCAGUGCCUAACUCACCAGGUGCCAGUGAUGAUGCAGUUAGCUGUGCAGUGAUGCUGGAAGUCCUUCGUGUCUUGUCAACAUCUUCAGAAGCCUUACAACAAGCUGUCAUAUUUCUCUUUAAUGGUGCAGAGGAAAAUGUCUUACAAGCCAGUCAUGGUUUUAUUACUCAGCACCCAUGGACCACCUCUAUUCGUGCAUUUAUUAACCUGGAGGCAGCAGGUGUAGGAGGAAAAGAACUUGUGUUCCAAACAGGUCCUGAAAAUCCUUGGUUGGUCCAAGCUUAUGUUUCAGCAGCUAAACAUCCUUUUGCCUCUGUGGUGGCUCAGGAGGUCUUUCAGAGUGGAAUUAUUCCUUCAGAUACUGACUUUCGUAUCUACAGGGAUUUUGGAAACAUUCCAGGAAUAGACUUAGCAUUUAUUGAGAAUGGAUACAUUUAUCACACCAAAUAUGACACAUCGGACAGAAUCCUAACAGAUUCCAUUCAAAGAGCAGGUGACAAUAUUUUAUCAGUUCUAAAAUAUCUUGCUACAUCUGAUAUAUUGGCUUCUUCUUCUAAGUAUCAGCAUGGAAACAUGGUCUUCUUUGAUGUCCUUGGCCUAUUUGUCAUUGCCUAUCCCUCUCGUGUUGGCUCCAUAAUUAACUGCAUGGUGGUAAUGGCAGUAAUUUUGUACCUGGGCAAUAAGUUAUUGCAACCCAAGCAUAAAACUGCUAACUACAUAAAGGACUUCUUCUGUGGGCUCGGCAUCACUCUCAUUGGCUGGUUCAUGAGCCUGGUCACUGUUCUCAUUAUAGCAGUGUUCAUCUCUCUUAUUGGACAGUCACUCUCAUGGUAUAACCACUUCUAUGUUUCUGUUUGUCUAUAUGGAACUGCAGCUGUAGCCAAAAUAAUAUUUAUACAUUCCCUCGCAAAAAGAUUUUAUUAUGUGAAUGCCAGUGACCAGUAUCUUGGAGAAGUAUUUUUUGACAUCUCGUUGUUUGUGCAUUGCGGUUUCCUUAUAGCUCUCACUUACCAAGGACUUUGCUCAGCAUUUAUUAGUGCUAUCUGGGUGGCAUUUCCAUUACUCACAAAGCUUUGUGUGCACAAGGACUUUAAGCAGCAUGGUGCCCAAGGAAAAUUUGUAGCCAUUUACCUUCUAGGGAUGUUUAUUCCAUACACUUAUGCAUUAUACCUCAUCUGGGCAGUAUUUGAGAUGUUUACACCUAUCCUUGGGAGAAGUGGCUCAGAAAUUCCACCUGAUGUUGUAUUGGCUUCCAUUCUGGCUGGCUGCACAAUGGUUUUGUCUUCAUAUUUUAUUAAUUUCAUCUACCUUGUCAAAGGCACAAAAAAAACCUUGAUAACUUUAACUGUGGUAUGUACAGUAACAUUCCUACUUGUUUGCUGUGGAACAUUUUUCCCAUACAGCUCCAAUCUUGCCAGUCCAAAGCCAAAGAGAGUGUUUCUUCAGCAUAUGACUAGGACAUUUCAUGGCUUGGAUGGAGACAUAGUUAAACAGGAUUCUGGAAUAUGGAUCAAUGGGUUUGACUACACUGGAAUGUCUCAUAUCACCCCUCACAUCCCUGAGAUCAAUGAUACUAUUCGAGCUCACUGUGAGGAGAAUGCGCCUCUUUGUGGUUUCCCCUGGUAUCUCCCAGUACACUUUCUGAUCAGGAAAAACUGGUACCUUCCUGCUCCAGAAGUUUCUCCAAGAGAUCCUCCUCAAUUCAGAAUCUUAUCCAGAGAAAAAACUUCCUGGGAUUCUGUGAAGUUGACCUUUGAAGCAACAGGACCAAGUCACAUGUCAUUCUACAUUCGAACUCAUAAAGGGUCAACACUCUCCCAGUGGUCUCUUGGCAAUGGUACCCCAGUCACAAGUAAAGGAGGGGACUACUUCGUGUUUUAUUCCCAUGGACUACAGGCCCCUGCAUGGCGGUUCUGGAUAGAAGUUCAGGUCUUGGAAGAACAGCCUGAAGGAAUGGUCACUGUGGCCAUUGCUGCCCACUAUUUUUCUGGGGUAAACAAGAGAUCCUCCCAGGUGGAUGCUCUGAAAGAGAAGUUCCCAGAUUGGACAUUUCCCUCUGCCUGGGUGUGCACCUACAAUCUCUUUGUGUUUUAAUCUUGUGGAUGAUCUCAGUGGAAUAUUUCAUGUGACAAGUUUCUCCAUGUUACGCAGAUGAAACGUUGUCAGUGAAAUUUAACAUGUUCUAAGAGCUUAGGGGGUUAACACUCUUGAAGGCCAAGCACUAUAAUGGGUAUGCUGUGGGGUAGCAGCAAUUCAUGGCCUUUUUGACACUUGAAAAUACUUUUCUGGCACUUAAGCACAUGUGGGCAUUGCCACUGCAUUUUAUAUGACCUUAAGGACAACAGCCAACAAACCACUACAGUCAUCGUCUCAUUAGGAUCGUGAGAGAUGUAUAAGGUACUGUAAGGCCAUUGUUAAAGUGAGACAGAUAUCAUUUGUAAUUAAAGUCUAAGACCAUUUGUUGUGUCAGUGGAUGAUAGGUAAUGAUUCCCUUCUGAGUGAGAUCUUAGGGUUGGGGGAGAAUCUUUGGGCUUUUGAGUCCCCCGCCUUUGCUGAGGGCUCCUGUCCUGUCAAGUAUAGAUUCACUGUUUGUAUCUUCUGAAACAGGCAUUUGUUCACCUACUUUUCCCUCUGAGUUUUCAGGUUUUUUUUUUUGAUUCAGAAUAUUGUUUAAUAACAUAACUUCCUUCCUCAGAGCACUGAAUUGCCAUCAUGGCUAUUCUGGGGUAGAGGAAUUGCCGGGAGUGACUGGACAUUUUAUAUGCUGUGUUUUGUAGGAGUAGGCUGUUAAACAAAGCUAAUCCUUUGACUUUCCUUAGAUGAAGUGUACAAGUGAGACCACUCUGCAUAUUUAUAGUUGCUGGUAUUCAGAUCCUAUACUAUUGGCAGCCUUAGGACUUAAAAGGUGCUUUUCAUUUUGAGUAUGGCUGGGUAAUUUUUGAGACAGCCGAGUUUGGUGAGAUCAACAAUAAAUUCAGCUGCUUUCAUUUUUUUCAACAUAUGUAUAUAUUUGGACACAUAGUCAUAGUAAAACACCUCCAAAAGGUGGCCCUCAGAUCCUCAAUAGAAAGCAUAUAAUCACUAUGCUUUCUUUGUAGGAAAAUUUUUCUUAAAACUGCUUACAACUGCUUACUUACACUGUGUACUUUCUUAAUCAUGCUCCUUGUGCCUAACUUGUGAUUCCUUCAAAAACUGACUUGACCCCCAUAAACAGCAGGGCUGUCACCAGACAUAAAAAAAUGCUAGGCAUCACCUGCAUAAACACUGGACAGUAGAGCUAUGUCUUUGCCUGUACUUUGCAGAAACCACAUAUUUUUAAAGCUGAAAUUCUUGACUGCUGCCUACACUUCUCUCAGGUAGGCAAUACUUAAGGUUUGCAGUUUAAACUUAGAAAUAGUAGUAUGUCAAUGAAUUUCAAAACCAAGGCAUAUUUUACCACUGUAGUUAUUUCAGUAAUUUCAAUAGAAAUUAAAGAGAAAAAAAAAACCAAGUGUUGGGAAAGGGAUAUUACAUGAAAGACCAGUGUUCCCUGAGCUUCCCCCACCCCCCCAUUGGGAAGGAUGUUUUCUGGUAAUAAUCAUGGGUCACUUUUCUAUGUAAAUUUUCUUUAGCAUUCUGAAGCUUCACUGUUUAUUCUGGGAGACUGUUUAAAUGCCAUAAAGAAAUAAUCAUUACCCUGUCAUUACCCUGUUAAUAAGCACAAUGUCAGAUCAGUAGUCUUUGGGAGAAAAGAACUUGUUUUCCCCAUUAACAAAUGUAUUCUUUCUUACAGAAUUUAAAUGUUAAGUAACAUAGCACUGAACUAGGGGAAAAUGAAGAAUUGUGAUUUCAAAGAAAUUCUUGAAAUUUAGUGUGUCUGACCCAAGAUGGUUACUGCAUGAAGUAUUUGUUUCCACAAAACAGACAAAGCAUGCUAGGAAUCUGAAAAUGCUACUCUGCUGACUCAGGAAAUUAUAGAAUGAUUAUCUGUUCUUUUCCACCCGUUUGCUGACUUGAGGAUUAACUGUUGCCUUACAACAUUACUGAAAUAAACUUUUUAACAUAUUAAUGAUUAUCUUUAAUAGAAAUCAAGUCAUGGUUAAUUUCCUAUAUCCUCAUGUUAGAAGUAUUUCAAGUCUGCAGAGAUUUUUUUUAAUUCCUUGUGAGUAACUCAAAAUGGAAAGAUUACUUCAACUGUAAUGCCUUGUAACUUUGAAAUGAUUCAUCUAAAUUUCACAGAAAUAAAAAUGACUUACUAGUUAGGUUUCA